AUGCCCUCCAAUCUCCGUCUCCACUGCCUCCGUGCACGCCAUCGCUGCCUCCCUCCCCAUCAGCCCCGUGACCCAGCCAAGCGUGGACGCUGCCGCCGUCCAGAUAGGGUACAUGACUGUGGGCCGGAUUCGGUGCUGGGAGAGCAUAUGAUUGAAGGUCGCGAAGUGGGAGGCUUCUUGGGAGUACAUGUGUUGCAUGAGGGUGCGGAGAUGGGGGUGGGCGCGGAGCAGGGGAGGGGUCUGUUGUCGCUUAUGGACAAGGAUAAAGACAAGCAUGAGGGCGCCCAGAAGCUAUGCUUCGUGACUAUCGGAGCCACAGCUGCUUUCGAUGCUCUCAUCAAUGCAGUCCUUGAGCCGUCCUUCCUCCAAAGUCUCGAGGAGCUGCAAUACACACAUCUACGACUACAGCACGGCAUCAGCGGCGCGAAGCUUCUGGAUACGAAGCUGUCUCAGCUCAGCGUAGGAGACGAUGGGAAAUCUGCCGUUGAGAUAUCCGGCUUCGAUUUCAAGAUGCAAGGUCUACGCCCAGAUAUGGCUGCCGCCCGAAAUGGUGUGGUGAUCAGUCAUGCCGGCUCUGGCUCUGUGCUCGACGCCUUGAGGGUAAACGUGCCCCUCGUUCUGGUUCCGAAUAAGACACUGCUCGAUAAUCAUCAAGAAGAGUUGGCUGAAGAGAUGGCUGCGCAAGGAUACGCCGUUCACGGUAGGAUUGAAGAUCUGACGAAAGCACUAAAGAGGGCGGAAAUUUUGAGAAAGAAGAUGCAGGCGUGGCCGCCCAGAAGUGCCAAGGCUGAUGAUAAGGGUUUAAUUGGAGUUAUGAAUCAGGAGUUGGGAUUUGUAAAUUCCGGGUGA